AGAUAGUAGACAUGUUGUAUUGCAUGUGUUACGUAUCUAGUAACUUGCUAGUCCUUGUCAGUUGCUAUUGACUGUUGAUUGCUGUCGAUCGGUGUUGUGUUUGUUGAAAAUUCCAUUCUCUUUUAUUUUGCAAGAGUUUCAAUAGAUAAAUCAAUUUGUCAAAAUGACUAUGGCAAUGUUGCAACGUCGUGCCAAUGUAAGGCUGCCACCCGAAGUGAAUAGAGUAUUAUAUAUCAGGAACUUACCAUACAAAAUUACCGCUGAAGAAAUGUAUGAUAUAUUUGGCAAAUAUGGAGCUAUUAGACAAAUUAGAGUAGGUAACACGGCCGAGACAAGAGGCACAGCAUUCGUUGUUUACGAAGAUAUAUUUGACGCAAAGAAUGCAUGUGACCAUUUGAGUGGUUUCAACGUGUGCAAUCGGUAUUUAGUAGUUUUAUAUUAUCAAAGCAACAAAGCAUUCAAGCGCAUUGAUGUUGAUAAAAAGAUGGAAGAUCUGGAUAAAUUAAAAACAAAAUAUAAUCUAAAUGAUGAAAAAAAAUAAAUUAAUAUUAAACAUUGACAGAUAAUAUGAACUAUAACAAAGAGAGAGAGAGAGAGAGAGAGAAAGAGAGAUUGUAUUAUAAUUUAAUUUACAAUAAUAGUUUAUUAAUUUUUAUAUGUAACAUAGCGACCAGUUGUAUGAUAAACAUAAAAUAGAAAAAAAAGAAAAGAAAUGUCAACUUUGAAUUAUUUAUAAUACAAAUAAAUU